AUGCUACUGUGUUCUCCCAGAAUCUUCAGCUUGUGCUUCAUAUUUGUCCAGUUGGCCUUGAUGGUCGAAAGGUAAGGCAUUUGUGAGGUUUAACAAAUAACAUAACACUGUGCUUUUCACUACAAACUUGAUACAUUCAACCUGCACAACAUCGUCAGACCAUCAUAUUCUAGUUAUUAAGAUUGGCAUUGUUUGGUUUAAUUACAACAAGGCCUUUGUAUAGCUUUGGACAUAGGACGCUCUCUAAUAUUGGAGGUCGAGCAAAAUCAUGAUCAAAGGAUCCAGAGCAUGUUAGAUUGCUUUUCUCCGCCUAUUAGGACACCCAUAUGACCGCACAGACUGUUUUCUUCCGACAUCUACUCUACCGUAUAUAUCAUUAUGCGCAAACCUGUACAUACCAAUUUUAGAAAUGGUUUAUACAUCCCGUAAUUCAAAAUAAGCAUCCAGCAUUUUUGACAGGAGGACGUUUUUGGUUACUUCACUCUCGAUUCUUGCACGCAGGUAAGGUUAUUCAUAUACCCAACCUGACCGCAGAUGGAAUGUUGUUGAAUAGCCUUCGCCUGAUGUGUUUAUUUUCUCUGAAGACUAAAAUGCAUUUGUAGUUAUUUUGGUUCGUGAAAAUCCGCAAAGACCUUUCGAGCAAAUACCAAACAGAAAUCUUGCGCAGUUCGAAACGCUGCGGGAGACAAUGGACACACAAUACAACCAUUAACGAAUAUAAUUCUAAGUAUUUGUUUAUGUUUGUUCCGAUCUGUUCAUUUUCUUUUUUAGUCUUCGCACAAUUUGUCAUUGGAAUAUCCGACGUCUGAGCACCAGCCUUAAGGGAAGUCUUAACAUGACGACCGCAAUAUGGCGCGGUUAUCGGGUACGAAUCCUAUUUCUUAUUCUUCAGGAUUUAGGCUAAUUUCUAAAAUGUGUUGAGCAGUUUUCUGCUUGUGGCACGUCAUAGUGGUGCAGCCAUGCGUUCGACAAAACGACUAAAAUGUCUCCCGUUAUUGUUAUUUAGAUCGAAAUUUAAAUGUGCAAGCUCGGUAGCAUUGGAAUAAUGUAAGUAACCAGUGAUUGGGCCGUAUGUAACCUACUUCGGAUGACAUAAAAUGAAAGUUUUAAAAACCACCUAAAUAAGAGGUUGUAUGCUAUGACUUGACUAAUGAUUGGGCCGCAUGCAUCCUAAUUUGGACGGCUCACGCAUUCGCAAAUUAAUAUGGCAAUAUCUCGCAGUCUCGUCGCAGGCAGAAAUCAACAUUAAGGACAGUUACGAGAGCAUUGUUCACAUACUGGACUAGUUGCUUCAAUGACCUGACAAAUGGAAUCCCGGUUUGCUUAAAUCCAUCAAUUGUCUUUGCAGUCAGUGAAGUGUACGCAGUUAAGCAAUAUUACUUAGCAGACACUUACACAUACUGAUAAAAAAGGUCGAGUUGAGAUAUGAAUUUCGUGAGAGGAAAAUCUACUCUCUCUCUCUUUCUCAAGUACGUCUUCAUCUGUUUAGACCGGCUUUUUGAACGAUAAACCAUUCUCGAAACUUGCCUCGGGAACUGACUUCUGUAACUCCAGCAUGGGAUCUUUCGGCUGCAUAGGCUCUACACGUAAGUACGAAUAUGCAUAGGAAGCUAAAUCUACAUAAUAUGAACGAACAACAUGCAUUACUGACAUUUAACUUUCGAAAUUCUCCCAUGCUCCAUUUCAAGAAGGUCGUAUUUUUCAGGCGAUGGACUGAACAUUACAAGAUUCAGAUUUGAGGAAUGUGGUAAUAUAAACUACAUCAACCUACGUGAUUCCAUUCCAAUUACUAUUCAUCGCAUCAAUACGCCGAUAUUCACACCACAAGGAGGUAAGAAUGGAAAUCGUUUGACGUUAUCUAACUUGUCAUAAAAGAUAUAAGUAAUCACACGCUUUAGUCUAGCUCAACUGAAGCAUUCAUCGUAACAUAAAAGCGCUAACACUCCCAGCCAUCUUUCUUCGCACAACGUACACACACAAUGGCAUUCCUCUUAACAACUGUUUUGCGGGCGAAAACUAGAUAGUUUUAAAUUCAGUCUUUCAGCACGCCUCCUGAAUGCGCUUUUAGAAAAAAAGUCUAUUUACUUGCAAUCCUAACCUCUCUUAUCCUCCGAUGAACGCAUUUAAAUUGUACUGUCACUUGCUUUUUUACCCUGACUGAGUUAUUUGGGUGACAUGUUUUCUUAAAAGCCGCCUUUAACUUAACGGGGUUGCCAAGCCUGGAUAUUUGUCCAACUGAAAAUCAGGUACAUGUCACGUGGGACAUUACACUUACAAGAUGCCACAGAUUGAGGGUAAGCACUUACAAACUGUUCAAAGGCCUGUUUUUUCCCGAAUCCACCUAACACCCUGUUUUGUUGUAGUUAUACUGCUUCAUUGACGAAGAACGAUUUUUCGUGCCUCCAAUAACAGCCCGACAAUGCCGUAAGAUGUGUCUGAUAAGAUCUUUUAUUUCAACUCCUGUCUGCUGCUGAUGUAAAUGCUCUCAAGAAUAGUGCCGAGCCUAGGGGGGAGGACGCUCAGGAGUGCCAGCAUUAAAAAAACAAUAUUGACACAAAUCAGGAACAUAGGAAUGUCUUUUAUGUGAUAUGUCGAGAUGAGUGGUUAAAUGUCAUCGUGAGUACCGGUCCGCUGGUAACAAAUCCUCUUACGUCUUUGCGCUAAUAUGAUCAAAUCAGCGUGUUGUGUGGAGAUAAUACAGUUGAGAAGACAAAGGUUCCCAAAUCAGAAGUCAUGGGAGGCAGACUGGGUGGGACAGCUUUGACAGCCGAGGAGGAAAUGCGAACACAGAAGCCCGCGCAUUCCAGGCAAGUUGUGUCUGUGUCCGCCGUUCAGCUGCUCAGACCCGAGAGCACGUGUGCGCAUUUCGUUGUCUCAAGGUCCGCCAGCCAAUCAGAGGAGGGACAGUGUUGAGUAGCUUCCAGCAAUCGCGAGGCCAAUAGCGAACAUCGCGCGUCCCUGCAGCGGAUCGACAGGGAGUGUGAGGCGGACAGGGAGGCAGCGGAGGAGCGAACUGCUGCAGUUGCACUACCAGAAGGCGGGGGGGGGGCUAGUUUUAUGCGUUACCAGUCGUUCCUUUCGAUUACAACUUAAAGUGGCGAAUUGCACUCCAUUACACUUUUUUGCGUUCGCUCUGCUUUGUAGUUAUAAAAAUGACUUCCUGAUGUGGUAUCUUUGCUUUCUAUGCCUUUUGCAGGACGUCGAGGGAUAGAACGUUCGACCUUCAAAGUUCGAGUCGGAGUCAAGAGAAAGGCAGAUGAACGAUUGACGUUUGUCUCCUGCUCACUGGAUCCUGCACUGCAGUACAGUCAAACGUUUAUUAUCGACUGGACUAGUAAGUCGUAGUGGCUGAUUUCACACACCCACCUACGCAUGCGUGUCAGUAAAAACGAAGCAAAAUCUUAUGUUCACACUUUAAGUAGUGUUGUAUGUUAAGACCAUAAUCGGGAUGCAUUCUUUGCUCCAAAACUCUCAGGGUUACCAAAUUAAACGCCAGAUUGCAUGCAGUGGGAAAUGCAGUAAUAUAUGCAAAUGCGAAAUAAUGCACAUAUCGGACGACUCGCAGUUUCCGGAUGGAAUUCCGACUCAUCGGACAUGAGGUUCCGUGGCGGGCGUGCGCACGCGCAGUUUAACACUCUUUUGGAACUGCAAAUCGACGCACAUGCUUUGGUUCAACUUGCAAUUUCACAUUGCUGCUGAACCCCACAGGUCAAUUUCUCUCGCCUUGUUGACAUUCACAUGGUGGUUGAAGUACAUUUCAAAACAAGGGAGUUUAUGUCGUGCAGUAGAGCACUGUUCAGUUGGGCUGGUAAACAUUCCUGCAGAAUCAAGUAACCAAUGUAUUGAUAACCGGCAGUGAGACAUUCAUAGUUACCGCAAGGCGGCAUGAAGAAGGCUCCAAGACAUUGUGCCUGUACGCCACAAUGACUUCAAUGCAUCUAGUUAGGUACAGCAGUCGUAUAAAGAUGCACACUGCAUCCGUUUGAUUUCCCUGCACGUGAACAAAUUCCUGUCGCUGUCUAGCCCACACUGUCGGGCAAUUAUACUUUUAACUAAAACUCGAAGUGCGCAUUUACAGGGGCUUUGAAAUUCCGAAUUGUUCGGAUUUGGCAUCGGUUUCUGCUUCUUAAUGCAAAUAGAAUGAUUUCAAUGACAAUACGCACUCUCUGUCUGCACUGCGCUUUCGCGUGUUUUGUUUGACUGGUGAACAUUGCAAAUUCAUACUUGUGCUUGCUAAAUGGCAAUUCACUAUUGACCACUCGGCAUGUGCUGAUAAGCCGAAUGGAGUUUGUGAACACUGAGUGCCGCUUAGGAAUCAGCAGGGCGUAAUUUCAUAAGUACUGCAUUAAUAUACUGCAUGCAUGUAGUGGGAUAGAGAUAUAAAUGAUAGUGCUCUGUCGUUAUGUUAACAUGCAGGACGAAGAAUAUGCAGAUUUGACUAUUAUAUUGCGGUUAGUGACCGAUCUGAAUGAUUGAGGUAGUCUGUGUGCUGCCGCGUGUAAUGUGAUUUGGAUUGAUAUGAAUCCGUUUGCAAGUAAAACCAAAAGUAACGCACUGCUGGCGAUGAGGUCUUUGAUUUCCAAAGCGUAUUUGGUUGCUGUUUUACAGCUUUUCCCACGUCGAUACUGCAUAUGAGGAGCAGACUAACUAACCUGUGCACAGGGCUAUAAAGUGUUGCGUUAAAAGCAAACCAUGACGCAGACUGGAAAGACGGGAAUUCUACUGAAGCUAGUUCGACCCUCUUGCGUGAGUCAGCACAAAUAACGCCGUAGAUCGUCAGCAGUGAUCAGCACCAUCUGCUUAUGCUAAUCAAAGCAGUUGUUUCCGUGUACAUCUGUGUUAACACGUGCUGUAUUCAUGACCUUCAUUCAUUUUACUUGGCAGAUGCUCCGUACGGGACAGACAACUAA